AUGGAAAGAGAUACAUCUCGUAAAGCUAAUAUGGAAAUGAGUAGCUUUGCUUGGGGAUAUGCAACAUGGAUAUUUAUCUAUGUUCUGAGUGGAUGGGAGGGUUCGGCUCACGAUUCAAGAGUGUUAAGUGAUGCAUUAAGAAAAUUCUAUCUGGUUGAUUGUGGAUUUGCAAAUCGUCUCAAUUUCUUAGCUCCAUUUCGCGGAGUUAGAUAUCAUCUUCAGGAAUUUGCUGGUCAAAGGCGCGAUCCUGAAACUCCACAUGAGUUAUUCAAUCUUCGUCAUGUUUCUUUGAGAAACGUAAUAGAAAGGAUAUUUGGAAUCUUUAAAUCUCGGUUUGCUAUUUUUAAAUCUGCUCCUCCUUUUUCUUACAAGAAACAAGCUGGAUUAGUCUUAACAUGUGCAGCGUUGCAUAACUUUCUUCGUAAAGAAUGUCGAUCAGAUGAAGCCGACUUCCCUGAUGAAGUGGGAAAUGAAGGUGACGUAGUUAACAAUGAAGGUAAUGCAAUGAACACCAAUGAAAUUGAUAAUGAGGAACCUCUCGAAGCACAAAAACAAGACAGAGAAAACACAAAUAUGUGGAGAAAAUCUAUGGCUGAAGACAUGUGGAAAGAUGCCACAAAUUUGGAAAUUCAUUGA